AUGGCGUCAGAGGACACCGAUGACCAGUUCGCGGAGGCCUGCAGUUCCUCGGGACUCCUCUGUAUUCAUUGUAACGAGGACGAGGUGAAGUGGGCGUGUAACGACUGCUCCCGGGAAUUCUGUGACAGGUGUAAACGUAUUCACCUGAUAGCUGACGAGGAGACCCGGGACCACCAUUUAUACAGGUACGGAAGUAAGCGUGUGUCCGGCUCGAAUGUUCCAGACGUUAUCCACCAUUCGGAGCUCUCCGUCAAUGAAGCCCGUCCACCCAGGGUCAAAUUUAAACCCGUUGUCGAGAGUCGUGUUUCGGAAUUUAAGCCGAAGACGUCACUAGUCGAAAAUAGCACCGUGCAACACAUCAGAAUAGUACCGAGGGGAAAUGGCGACGCAUGGCUGAAAUGCGGGGCCAUCUCAGAGGAGCUUGUAUCACAUGCUGCCGAAGGAAAUUACCUUCAGAGAAUACGCGCGGACAGUGUUAUUCAAGAUUUUGUUGUGACUUCAAAAAGAGAAAUUAUUUUCUCAAAAAUACACAGUAAAGCUUUAUGGAUACACACAAACAAAGGUCAAAUCAAACCAAUGUUACAGUUGGAAUUCUUUCCUAACUGUUUGCAUCUGACGGCGGGGAAUGAUCUUCUGAUAUGCGCCCUGUCGACCCAGCAAUGUCGGGGUAGCCCUCUAAGUAAACUCUCCCGAUCAUCACAAAAAUCGGUCAUCCAAGUGGAUCAGGGCCUUAAUCUAGGCGACGUUUAUGACAUGUCUCAAUCUGCUAACGAUACAAUCUGUCUCGUGGAGAAAGGGGGUUGGGGCCCGGGGAGAGUUGUCGGACUUGAUCAAGAUGGCGGACGGGUGUUUGAAUACAGAGGCCCAUCGGGUUCCCUGAAUCCGUCAGGAAUAGCAUGUGACGGCUUCGGAUUUAUUUAUGUUAGUGACUGCGGCUGUCAUAACGUACACGUGAUCACUCAGACCGGAAAAUUUCAUUCCUUUUUACUUCCGCUGGAUUCAGUUCUGCUUCCGGAAGCCAUUGAUGUUGGAGAAGAUGGCGAUCUUUGGUUAGGGAAUGGAAAUGGUGAAAUCAAGGUUUAUAAACUGGAGACGGAGGCUAGUUGA